AUGAAAAUGUACAUAGUACGACCCCGACAGUCAACAGAUAUUCAGCGUUCUACGUCGACGUGGUGGGUUUUAUACGUACGUGACGUUUUUGAAGGGCGUGUGGUGGGGAAAAGAGCUAAAGCUAUUAAAGCUAAAGGAUCGUUCGGUUUUACUCCUCUUCAUAACACAAGUACUAUACAAGAAAUAAAAGUCGUGAAGAUGACUGACAGCUUGGUAACGAUGUCGUUGGGUAAAAAACCAGUGACUAAGGCAAAAAAAGCGCGGUCAAAACCAACACACCCGCGAACUGCGGACAUGGUGAACGCCGCGAUAAAAUCUUUGAAGGAUAGAAGCGGAUCUUCGCUGCAAGCUAUCAAGAAGUACAUCAACACAACUUACAAAGUCGACGCUGAAAAACAGGCGCCAUUUAUUAAGAAGUAUAUUAAGGCUGCGGUCGAAAGCGGAGGGCUGGUCCAAACCAAGGGAAAAGGCGCCGCUGGAUCUUUCAAACUCUCCGUUCAUGGUGAAGCUACCAAACGAGGAGGCAAACCUGCCAGCAAAACCACCAGCAGACCGAAAACUCCGGCUAAAACUGUCAGAAAGGUAAGGACUCCUGUGAAGAAAGCUGUCAAAAGUCCCAGGGCUGUCAAAAAGGUUGAAGUUGUGAAAAAAACCGCGAAACCUAUCGCUGCGAAGAAGAAGACGGUCAAGGGUCCAGCUGCCAAGCUUUCCAAGGUCAAGGUCAACUCCCCGGCCAAAACUGUCAACAAGGUAAAGAAGAGCCCGGUUAAAGCGAAAGCUGCGAAGAAGGUGAAGAAAGUUGUGAAGAAAAAGUGA